AUGCAAUCAGCAGCAUUCAGAUUUCUUGAAGUGUCAACGGAAUAUUGUCAUUCCUCGAACGAUUAUGAGACAACAAUUUGGAUAAAAGAUCCAGAUGUUGAAUUUCGUUGUGCAACAAUUCUCGAAGAAUAUGAUGAUAAUGUUAUUGUUGGUCUUCAUGAUGAAAAUGGUCAUUUUGAAAAGCGUGUUAUACCAAAAUCAGAGGUGAAUUUAUCAAGUGUGUCAUAUUUUGUUGAAGAUAUGUGUAAUCUAAGUGAAUUAAAUGAAGCAUGCGUUCUUGAAGUCAUUCGUUCACGAUAUAAAGCACAACUUAUUCAUACUUAUUCGGGUCUCUUUUGCCUUGUUGUUAAUCCAUGGAAGAAUAUACCGAUUUAUACGAAGGAAAUAAUGAAAGCAUAUAUGCAUAGCAUUGAUAAAAAUUUAAAUUUACCACCACAUAUAUAUGCUAUUGCUCAAUCUACUUAUGAUGGCCUUUUAAGUGGUAAUAAUCAAUCAAUCUUAAUAACAGGUGAAAGUGGAGCAGGUAAGACUGUUAAUACAAAACGAAUUAUUGAAUACCUUGGUGUAUUAUCCGAAUAUCGCGGUGAAUUUGGAAUAUCCGACGGUAUCGAUAAACGACUUACAGCUGCCGGAAUUGUCAUCGAAGCAUUUGCUAAUGCAUCAACAAUUCAUAACAGUAACAGCUCUCGACUGGGAAAAUUUAUUCGGAUAGAUUAUGGUGAUGAUAUGACGAUGAAAGGUGCUCAAAUUCAAACGUAUUUGCUCGAAAAAUCACGCGUUGUAAAACAAAAUAAUGAUGAUCGGAAUUUCCAUAUUUUUUAUCAGUUGUUAUCAGAUGGCUUUGAUAAGGAUUUACGUUACUCGUUUGGCCUUGGACAAAAAGCUAGUGCAUAUAAGUUCUUAAAUCAAGGUGGCAAAAUUACGGAUCCGGAAAUUGAUGAUGCUCAAAGUGCUAUAGAUACAUUGCGUGCAAUGGAUACUAUCAAAUUUAGCAAACAUGAAGUAGAGGAGAUUUUCGAAGUAGUAGCUGCAUGCAUCCUUCUUGGUGAAAUCAAAUUUACUGAAAGAAGCGGUUUUGAUAUUACUUAUGUUGAUGGUGUUAAAGAAGUUGAAGCAGCAUGUCGCAUUCUUGGUGUCAAAACUAACACUCUUAUUGAUGCUUUAACUCAACCAUCAAUAAAAGUGAAUGAUGUGGUAAUUAGAAAAAGUCAAAAUCUUACAAAGACAUUAAGUUCAUUGCUAGGUUUAUGUAAAAGUAUUUACGAACGACUCUUCAACUGGAUUCUGUCACGAUGCAAUGCGGCACUAAAUGAAACAUUUCAUCCUAGUAAAUCAUCGCAAACUUAUUAUAUUGGCAUACUUGAUAUUGCUGGCUUUGAAAUUACUAAAAUGAAUAGCUUUGAACAAUUUUGCAUUAAUUAUACGAAUGAAAAAUUGCAACAGUUCUUCAAUGAUUUCAUGUUUGUACGUGAACAACAAGAAUAUUUAAAUGAAGGAAUUGAAUGGCAAUAUGUUGAUUAUGGCACUGAUAUGCAAAAUACCAUUGAACUUAUUGAAAAGCCAUUAGGAUUGCUCUCACUCUUACAAGAAGAAUGUCUUGUACCAAAUGGUAAUGAUCAAUCGUUGCUUGAAAAACUUCUUUCUGCAAAUGCUAACAAUACUAUCUUCACUCGUUCAAGACAAUCAGCAAGACAUACUACAGCAUCACAUUUUUCAAUAGCUCAUUACGCGGGUAAUGUAGCAUAUAAUAUCAAUGGUUGGGUUGAGAAGAAUAAAGAUGUGUUAGAACGAAAUGGAUUAGAAGUACUUGCAUCAAGUACCAAACCUCUUCUACAAAUUCUUUUCCCUUUAUUGGAAGAAGAAAAAGAAAAAUCACGAUCUAAACGGCAAUCGAUGUCAUCAAAUACCGUUUCAUAUUUGUAUAAAGAGCAAUUGUUAAACUUACUUCAAACACUUAACUCAACAGUGGCACAUUUUAUUCGUUGUAUUGCACCAAAUAAAACACGAUUACCAGGUGUUAUUGAUUCACAUCUUGUGCUUCAUCAAUUAAGAUGUAAUGGUGUAUUGGAAGGUCUUAGAAUAUGUCGUCAAGGCUAUCCUAAUCGAAUGACAUUUGAUGAAUUUAUUAUAAGAUAUCGUAUUUUGGCAACAAAUGUUAGCCUUGGAUAUGGACAAAUUGCUGUUAAACGUUUUUGUGAUGCGAUCAAUCUUGAUUCAACAUGCAUACAAAUUGGAAAAACGAAAGUUUAUUGUAAAAUUGGUGUAAUUUCAGAAUUAGAAAAUCGUCGUAAAAAACAUUUAAGUGAAUUAAUGUGUGGAAUACAGGCAUCAAUACGAUGGUAUUUGGAACAACAGCGCUAUGAACAAUUACUUAAAAAUAGAGAAACAAUUUUAACCAUUCAAAGCAACAUUCGAUGUUUCAUUCAAAUUUCCACGUGGAAUUGGUAUCGACUGUUAUUGAUUGUAAAAGAACUUAUACCAUUGAAUAAGGAUAAAGUAAGAUUGGAAGAAUUGUUGAAAAUAAACGAUGAGUUAACAGAGGAAUUAAACAAUUUACAUGGUAAUUAUGAUGAAGUUCGAAAAUUAUUGGAUAAAGCUAAUUGUAAAAUUAAAAAUCUUGAAGAUGAAAAAGAAUCGUAUAUUUUGCAAAAUGCUGAAAUAAAGGAAGAAUUGACGCGACAUGAAAAACUUAUGGAAAUGAUGGAGAAAAGAUUUGAUGAACAACAUGCUAAAGUUAUGAAAAUACAGAAUUGUUUGCAAGAAAAUGAAAAGAAGAUCGAAUUUAUUGAAAGUGAAAAAAAAAAUCUUGAAAAUGAACUCUGCAAGAGCAAACGUAAUUAUGAACGAGAAUAUGAAUUUCGGCAACAAAUUGCAAAUGAUUUGGAAAUACGUGAGAGGACAAUAAAAGAAAUUGAAUUAAAAACGGAAUUAAUGGAUAAGGAACGAAAUAAGCAAUCAAAUAAAAUACAAGAGCUAAAGGAACAAGUGAAAAAAUUAACCGAACAUAAUAAUCAGCAAACGGACGUAAUUACAAAUUUGCAACGUUGUGUUACGGAGUUAAAUGCAAAAAACAACAACUUUGAUGAUAUAAUGAUAAUGGAGAAAAAAAUACGAAAGAAAUUAGAAAACGAACGAGCUGAACAAGAGUUUGAAAUGGAAAAACUGAAGCAAAAUGAGCAAAAAGCAAUGACAAAAGUGGAAACACUGAAGGAAAAUUGUUAUGAGAAAGAUAGAGAAAUUCGAAGAUUGGAAAAGAAAUUAGAUCAGACAAUUGAGGAAUCCAAAACAAAUAUUACUGAGAUGAAAAAAAUUCACAAACGAUCAAAGGAUGAGUUGCAGAAUCGUUUAGAUGAAUUGAAAAAAGCUUAUCAAAAACUGGAAACAGAAAAUAAGACACAAACGAUGAAAUUUGAAUAUUCUGAAAAAGAGCGAGAAUCUUCCAUUGAAUCAGAUUAUGGCAAGAGAUUUAUUGAAUUAAAUCAUUACUGUUUGACUGUUUGCUUUUUUUUAUCUUCAUACAUCAAAUGUGUAAUACAAAGUGAAAUAUGGCAUCGCUUGAUUAGAAAACAACAAAUUAUAUCUGGUGGUAGACAAAGUCGUUUGGGUAGUCGACAGUACUCUUCCAGUUCAAUUGGUUCCAUUGCAUCAAUUCGUACAUUAAGCAGACGAACGGUUGAGCCAGAAAAUAAAUUUUCUUCUGGAUUUCGUAGUCCUUCCACAUUUUCACUAAGUUAUUAUUCGGGUGAUCCGUAUAAUCUGUCAAGAAGUUCAUCACAAAGUCAAUUUGCUAAUGAACGAAAAAUUUCACAGCUAGAACGACAAAUUGUUUCCGCACAUACCGAUGUACAAAUGUUGAAACGAGAAAUUGAAGUGUACAAGUCAACAUUAGCAGAAAAUGAAAAAGAAAGAGAUGUGCUAUCGCAAAAAAUUCGUACAAUGGAUAUUUCUGUGAAAAAGUUGGAACAAUCAUUAAAGAAUGAAGAACGAAAAAAUCAUGAAUGUGAGUUACGAUUGAAGAAAACACAAAAUGAAUUGGAACAUAUACGUGAUAAGUAUGAAAAAGCGAUAAAAGAUGGGCAAACGGAAAUUCUAGAAGAAAGAAGAAAAACGAGAUUAAAAAUGGAUGUAUUAUCACGUAUGAAUGAAGUCAAAAAGCGAGAUGAAAGAGAACAAGCAAUUGAAGAGUUACAAAAAGAACUUAUUAUUAAAACAUCACAACUUAAUCGAGUUUUGGCACAAGUCAAUCAUCUUGAAAAUAUCAAUAAAACACAGAGUGUUUAUGGAGAAACAUGGGAACAUCAAUAUCGUAUGGCACUUGCUGAAUUAGAAUCAUUACGUGAUGAAAAUGCAAGCUUAAAAACAAAAAUACGCAGACAAUAUCGUGAAAUUGAACUUUUAAAACAACAAUCAGAAAUGGAAGCAGAUGUUGCUAUGUUAGAAAGUAAAAUGGGUAUAUUAGCAACAGAAACAACAACAGAAACAGCAACAACAACAUUAGCAACAAUAGGAACAUAA